GCCAGGGAGAGCGGGGCCCCGCGUGAGGAACUGCUCCGUCCCGGACGAAGAGAGAAACAAACAGGCCAGCGCGAAAAAAGAAAAAAGAAAAGUCUACCACCAUCACUCCCAAGAAGAGCUCGUGCGCGCGCGUGUGUGUUGUGGGUGUUUCGACAUAAUGCUCGUUUCCGUCGACCGGGUAUGACCACUGCGGGACGCUGACUUUGUGAAGUGAGCCAUUCUAGCGCUGUUUGUCGUCUGCUACCAAACUGAACCACACUAGGCGGGCGAUGCGUCGUCGUUUACUGUCUUGACCGUGGUCCCGCUCGCAACGAAGAAAUCUCCGCUGCGGUUGGCUUCUUUUCCGGUGUUCUCUCUUUCUUUAUCUUUCUCUGCUUAGCUUGGCAUAGUCUCCUUUGAGAAACGCAGCUAACGCGUAGCGUGUUGGCCCUCGGAGUGCGCUGUGUGAAAAUCGCUCCCCCCGAAAAGACGCGUCCAACGAGAAGCUUGACUGUGUUUCUUAUCGUCUGCUGCACCAUUGUCGUCUGCAUCGUUUGUCGAGUGCGAGCAGGAUUACUACGUCCUUGAGGCAUCGUCUGCUACAGAAGCCGAAAGUCAAGACAGGCCACGGUACUCAAAAUGACGGAAUACGGCCUGACGGAGGAGCAAGUCGCAGAGUUCAAGGAGGCCUUCAUGCUGUUCGACAAGGACUCUGACGGCCGCAUUACGUCGUCAGAGCUGGGAAUCGUCAUGCGUUCUCUGGGACAGAGACCGACCGAGACGGAACUGCGGAACAUGGUCACACUCGUGGAUACAGACGGGAACGGGACGAUCGAGUUCAACGAGUUCCUGUUCAUGAUGUCCAAGAAGAUGAAGGAGACGGACAGCGAGGAAGAGCUGCGCGAGGCGUUCCGCGUGUUCGACAAGAACGGCGACGGCUUCAUCUCGGCCUCCGAGCUGCGGCACGUGAUGACCAACCUGGGCGAGAAGCUCACCGACGAGGAGGUCGAGGACAUGAUCCGAGAAGCGGACCUCGACGGAGACGGACUCGUCAACUACGACGAGUUCGUCACGAUCCUGACGGCUCCGAAGUGAGCGCCGGGGCGCCCCGCCGCGGAUCCCCUUCAGUGAGACAAUGACGAAGAACAUCGACGCCCCGCGCGCGUAUCUUCCAGUUUGGCAAUACACCACCGCGCCCUGCGGGACCGGUCGAACCAUCGAA